UCAAACCGCCUCUGGCCGAGGAGGCGUGAGGGUCGUGGUGUGAUUCCCUAGCUUUCGUUAUUAAUUUCAAAUCCAAUAAUAUAAAAUCAGGCACGCUCAUAGUCGAGUGAACAAAAAAAAAAAAAAGGAAGAAAAAGAAGACCUCUCGGCAUCGUCGAAUCAUCCAUUCCCGUCGCCGAUUCUCUUUCGUUUCAUUUAUUUUUCAUUUCCCUCCAAGUAGCAAAAUUGAACAUCAUGGAUCAGUUAUUUCGACGGGUCGAUGCAUUGUUCACCAACAAAAGUACUUAACUGGUUUUCGCCGUAAGACAUAAAUAGCAAAAUCCGUAUACGUGGUAUUUUCCGUAGUUGUAUUUUAUCGGGGGGACAUAUGAUGAGCAAUAUACGAACUAGGUCUUGGAGAACCGCGCCCCGAAGUCUUCCGUGAACGAAGUCAGUUCGGUUUGCGAAGGUUACUCGGGAAUUUAUUCUCGUCUUUUAUUCAAUCCAUCCUCCCGCACGUGUCAGAACAGCGCCAUACGCGAAAACCGCGGCGAUUUUCCAGUUGCACGAGUUCGAAAAAUUCGAGCAGGCGCAGAUAUUUGUGUUGUUUAGUGAUUGCGGGGCGGGGCAGGGGCUGAAAAUAUGAAGGAAAUCGGAGACAAUGGAUCUAGCAACGGCACGGUGAACAAAGAAAAUCUUCACCCGAUGAUGGAAUUCAUGGAGUUCACCGAAGACAACGAACCGGAGGACGUCGCUUCGAAUGAAUCGGCGCAGUUUCAUACACUGGAAGUUGAGAAGUGGAUUUGAAGCUCGAUCCAUGUGUAUCGACGUAGAAAUUAUUACACCACCGUGGGUGUGUAAUAUACGUCACGAACUUCACCGAUAUACCAACGUCCGUAAUAAAACCAUGAAGUCAAUAUUGGCAAAAUGUCAAAGCGUACCGCUUGCCACCAACAAAACCAUGGAGGAGGCGAUAGACGACGCUCUAAUUGAAAAGUUAAGAAUAGGUUCCUUCAAGCCCCAGGAAGGUGUGGAAACUUUGCGAUCGAUUGCCGGAAAAAUUCACGGACGAGUCACGUCCCCGGAUCGGCGGACUAGAGAAAGAAUCUUGGAAAAGCUGUGGCGAAAGAACUUGAACAUUAUCGAAAUAUUUGUGAGAAUUUUGGAGAGUUGCAAAGACCACAUCGUCAACUGCAGUAUAGCUGGAAUUCUCCACGAAUGUAUAUCGCCGAGAAUUGGCAAGACAAAAUCUAAGGGAUGCAAAAACCGGAAUACAAUUAGGAACAACAGCAAGCUGGCUGUUUCGCAACUAAUAAACUUGGGUGGUACGCAAGUUUUGAUACGCUUGCUGGGUGCCUUGCAACACAGAGAAGCCAUUGUGACGGAGGUUUUGAUGCACGAAAUAGUGUGGAUUUUGGGACAGGUUUCCCAAAAAGAUCAAAAAUUUUCAACCAAAGUGAGACUGCUCAAUGGAACGAAAAUGUUCCACUCGUUAUUGAAGCUCAACUACAAUCACGGGAAAAUGUUGUUUCCAUUGUUGCUUAUGAUAAAAAGUCUGGCGAAAAAUUCGUUGACUCUUCAGGUAUUGGUAAAAGAUGGAAUCGUCUAUACGUUGGAGAAGACAUUUGUCUGCGUCGGCUACUCGCCCCACAUUAAACUGAGGAUAUUGCUCGAAUGUUUUAAACAUUUUACGGUCAGCAAAUUAUGCUGUACGAAAUUUGUUAGAAUUGGUCUCGUCAAUCUCUUGAUGAGAAUGUUCGAAAGGUGGGAACGAUUCGACGGUCCGAAUCGGCUGAAAAUUUCCAGUUAUUGUCUGAAUACGUUACAACAUAUCUGCGUGAUUAGUAAGUCGCAGGCGACAAUUUUUAUAGAGUUUUUCAUAUUCGUACGGGCACGUGUAUUUUGUCAUUUUCACGGGUAUACAGAAUCAGGAAGAAAAGCCAUAAAGGCGAACGGAGGUCUCCAGCUUUUGCACCGUUUUUGUACAAACUGCCCCGAAGAUAAACCGUACGACUGUUUGCUGUCACGGGUAUGCGGUAUAUUAAAUCAAUGCCUCGAGAAAAAGGAACUUCCAGUCCCGGAAAUGUCGCCCGUCAGAUUCGUUUUGCCGGAACCGAAAGUUCGGAUCACGAAUAGCGUGGAAAGCGAGAGCGACGCCGACAGUCAGAUGAACAGCGUCGCCUCCCUAGGUAGAUUGUGCAGCGAUAUCGGGUCCUGCGACGACGACGACGACGACGACGACGACGAGAGCGAAGAUAACUCGUGCAAACCGAGACGGAAACAAAUCAACAACCGCCCCGACGAGAACGAGGAAUCCAAAUUCUUCGCCGACGUUACGAGUUCCCAGAGAUCCGAAGAGGAUCUUGUCGCGUACAAAUCCUUUUUUCGCGAAUUCGGUAGCCUUCAAGUUCAGCUGACCGCGUCCGCCGGGACAGCCCCUGAAGCGUCGAACGAAUCCAGCGGCGAUUCUCCGGGCAAUCUGAUCCCUAAGUCAAGUAAAAUGAAAACGAACUUGGCAGAAGGCCCCGGCAAAACAGUGGAAAAUGGAUCGAACAAAAGCGGACAAGCGGGUGUCGUCGAUGGGUUGAAAACAUUUGAGAAUAUGUCGCCUCACGUGAGCGAACAACACGCUUACUGUACUGUGGCGAGUACGGUGAAAAGCGUUAUAACUUUCCUCAAGGUUGCCUAUCCAGAUUUGGUAGGCGGCUGUGGUCUGGGCAAGGCUGCGCCGCUGAACGGCAAAGAUCGAAAAGUAUGUCGAUCCAAAUUACUGACCUGCGUCGAUCGGGGGCUUCACCCCGGGACUCUGAUGCAAGAGACGUGUUACGACUUUGAUCAGGUCGCUGUUAGUUUUUCGGUUCAAAGCGGCGUUGGAGCACCUCAGCGUCUUCUCUGCAACCGGGAUGAAAAAAGGGUCGGGAAACGAUCCAGCGAAUCCAAACAGUUGCAGUUCGAGUCUCGGUUCGAAAGUGGAAACUUGAGAAAAGCUGUACAGAUUGGCUCCAGCGAGUACGAUCUGAUUUUGACGCCGGACGUCAACGGCAUUUCUAGGCACCAGUGGUUUUAUUUCGAGGUCUCGAACAUGGAGUCAAAUGUUCCCUACACGUUUAACAUAAUAAACUGCGAGAAAGCGAAUUCGCAGUUCAAUUUUGGAAUGCAGCCAAUUUUGUUCAGCGUGAAAGAAGCACAACUCGGCAGAGCCGGGUGGGUGAGAACGGGAACGGAUAUUUGCUAUUACAGAAAUUGCUACCGGAGACCGGGCAAAGAGAAAAAUUACUACACAACAUCGUUCACCGUAACAUUUCAACAUUCGUACGACGUCUGUUACCUGGCAUACCAUUUUCCAUACACCUACAGUCAACUGAUGGCGAAUAUUUGGAGGUGGUCGAGAAAACUGCAAUCAUCGAGUAUUUAUUUCCGUGCCGAAUCGCUCUGCGAUACCCUGAAUGGAAACCAAAAUCCUCUGCUGACCAUUACCGCUCCGGAUUCCAAAAGCAACCCUAUACAGAAGCGGAAGAUAAUUUUCCUCAGUUCGAGAGUUCAUCCGGGUGAGAGCAACGCAUCUUGGGUUAUGCACGGCACCCUGGAAGCACUUAUCGGGAAUUCGAUCUACGCCAAUAGCCUGAGAGACGAUUACGUUUUCAAGGUUGUUCCGAUGUUGAACAUCGAGGGUGUCGUCAAUGGGUGCAAUCGGCACGGUUUAACGAACGAGGAUCUCAAUAGAAGAUGGAGCGAUCCUCAUCCGGUAUUACAUCCUGUUAUAUUUCAUACCAAAGGACUCAUGGAAUAUUGCACAAGAGUGAUCCGGAAUCCACCUCAGGUCUUCGUUGAUUACCACGGGCAUUCCCGUAGAAAAAAUGUCUUCUUGUUCGGCUGCUCUCAAUCUGGUUCAUGGAGCGCAGCCGACAGAGCAAAGACUGACGAUCCCGUACAGUAUUUGAUGCUUCCGCACCUGAUGCAAAAGACUUGUUCGGCAUUCGCGCUACCUUUGUGCUCCUUCAAGGUAGAAAGAAGUAAGGAAUCGACCGCCAGAGUCGCCGUAUGGCGUCAAUUGGGAGUGUCCAGGAGCUACACAAUGGAGAGCAGUUUUUGUGGGUGCGAUCAGGGGGCCUUGGCCGGGUUUCAUCUCGACACUGAACAUCUGAAAGAAAUCGGUCGCGAUUUUUGUCAAGCUCUGUCGAUGAUGAAGGAAGCUGGCGAAGGAUGGACAGUUGACAAAUCGGAAAUGGAAUCUUGUUGUCCUUUGAAAUGUAUUCUGAAAGCAGCGAGGAAGCCGCAAAAAUGCAUUCAGGAUAAACAGGCUAAGCAACAUAUUAUGGGAAUCCCUUAGCAGCGAUAUUUUGCGAUUCGGUCGAAUCGAGAUCAAGAAUGUCAACGGGUUCGAAGGAUGGCGGCCGAGAACAAAGAUGCGUUGCCGACGAAAUUACAUCAAGUUUUGAUUCGGAUGAGUCCGAUCGAUUCGACGAUUAGACCGAUUCAACGACGCCUGGCCUGACUGGUGCACCCUACUUCUUCAUCCCCUGAUCAAGCUGCGAAUAUCCAUCGGCAAUAUUCCCUAAAUACGAAUGUCCGUACCACGUCGAUACACACGGAUGUAUAUCUUGAGAAUAUUACACUUGAUACCCAUUAAUCUGGCUGCGAUAUCCAUUUCGUGGUGUUCAACUUGAUUCUCCGCAAACAAUUUUCGGAUCGCUGACGUUGAAUCUUCAAGAGACUCUGUGGGGAAAAGGGUGAGGUAAUAAAUGAGUGGAAUCGAG